AGCGCAGAUAGAGACGCGCAGUCUCAUUAGUGCGCAAACAUGCCCAACCGAGCGCACUCCGACUAACACGCAACCGGAGAGCGGAUUACAAAGAGCAGCAGCUGUGGACAUGGCUGAACCUCUCCUGAGGAGAACUUUAUCCAAACUGCGGGGUAAAGACCGAUCCCGCCGCAAAACCGAUCCCAAACUCAACACUAACGAUGAAGCAGUAAAAACAGCUCUGGUCUACAGCUCUUCCUCGUCCUCAGUGACGGAGAUGGACGUCUCUAACGAGGACUUUGUGAGGCACACGCAGAUCACAGUGUCCAAAAAACAGAACUGGGCCAAACAGUCCCUCGUGUCCCGGGACUCGGAGCCGGUAUCCGGGACCGGCUCUGUGCUUUCGGAGCGGGAGGGCUGCUCAGGCAAGGCCCAGGCUUUAAAACAGGCCUGGAGCCAGAGAACUCUCAGGGAGGAAGGCAUUAAUGGAAGGUGUAAGGAUGUAGACAGGGAAUUAAGCUUCUCCAGAGGCUGCCAGGAACCUGAUAGAGCGGACGCCAGUCUGCCUCAGUUGGUAUCGCCUCCAGCAGCGGAAUUCUGCCCUUCCUCGGGUGUGGCUAAGCUAUCCGGGCAGGGUGUUUACCUCCAGCACCUGGAGAGGAGCAGCCGAGCCUGGGUGCUGUCCUCAGGAAAAACCCAGGCUCCGAACGAGGCCUACAUGGCGUGCAUCACAGAACGGCGGCACGUGGUGAAGAACGAGGCUAAUAUCUGGUACAACCCGAUUCCAGAGGAGGAGGACGCCUGUGUCUGUGUGGCGAUGGAGAAGGAGAAUAAAGGACUCCAGGAUCCGUGGAUGAAGAGAGAAGCUGACAGAGCGCCUGAGGAAAGCAGAUACGUGUCCCAGCACCCCUGUGUUCCAGACACGCCGUGUGCAGGAGUUAGCACCGGUGCCGGCGUAUUUAACGGUGCUAACGUAGCCACGUGCACCUCAGGAGGCUCCUCAGGUCCUGGUCCCGCGGAUAAAAGCUCCAGCAGCAGCAUGAUGGACAAGAUCAAAUCCCCCGGCACGGUCCGCCGCCUCUCCAUGAAGAUGCGCAAACUACCGGAACUGCGCCGCAAGCUCAGCCUGCGCUCGUCACGUAACCAACGGCACGCUCAGGGCCAAGCCGGCUCACCAGGGGGCGCCGAUGAAGCCUCGCCGCCCAACGUGCGCAAAGAAUCCUCCAACGUCAUCAGCAGGUACCAUCUGGAUUCCAGCGCCCCCGCCAGGCCGAGACGCAAAUCUUCGCGCAACCGGUCCGCCAGCAAAGGGGGUUACCUUAGCGACGGGGACUCGCCCGAACUCCUGCCCAAGCAGGGACCCGGGCAGGAGUUAGACGUAGGUCCUUCGGAGUCAGGUCAGGGAUCACCACCGACCCCUCCGCAGCACGGAUGGCAGGAAUCGGCCGCUUCGUUUCGGGUGUACUCGCUGGCAGAUCAGCCGCGCUGCGCCCAGAGACUGUCGGGACUUCUGACCGUUCACCUGCUCGGCGUUUCCGAACUGGCGCGGACUCGAGCCGGAAAGGACGUCUUCUGCGCCAUACAGGUGGACGGCGUGACGCGAGCCCGUACCGCCCUCCUCACCAGCCAGGAGGCGUCCCUGUCGCUAAACCACACCUUCAACCUGGAGCUGGAGCGAGCGCGGUUCUUAAAGCUCAUCGUUCUUACGCCAAGCGUUAGCGCAGCUAGCAAUGGGUCCAGGGUACCAGCCAGCCAAUCACGGAACAGAGUGUGCUGUCUCGGCGCCGUGGCUAUUCCACCUCUGUUUAAAGCGUCUCGGACUCAGCAGCUGUGUGUGAAGCUGGAGCCCAGGGGAUCGUUCUACGUAAAGCUUACUCUGCUGCAGCAGUGGGAGGCUCCGGUGCCCCGCCUCAGCGAGCUGCCUCCCCCCUCCGUGUUCGGGGUGGAACUGCGCCGCCUGGUGGAGAAAGAGGCCGGCGAGAUGAAAGUGCCCCUGAUCAUUCAGAAGUGCGUGUCGGAGAUCGAGAGACGGGGGCUGAGGGUCGUAGGUCUGUAUCGUCUCUGCGGUUCUGCAGCGGUGAAGAAGGAGCUACGGGACGCGUUCGAGAGAGACAGCGCAGCGGUUACGCUGAGUGAAGAGCUUUACCCUGACGUCAACGUCAUUACUGGUAUACUGAAGGACUACCUGCGCGAGCUGCCUUCACCCCUGAUCACCACGACCCUGUAUGAGGUGGUACUGGAGGCCAUGUGUGUGAGACCGGCCUGCAGGAAGGACGACACCAACAGAUCGCACAGCACCGUCGCCCUGCUGCAGUGCCUGCCUGAACCUGAGAGGGCCACCCUGUCUCUCCUGCUGGAUCAUCUGAGUCUGGUGGCCUCCUUCAGCGAGUACAACCUGAUGACGUGUCAGAACCUGGCCGUGUGUUUCGGGCCGGUUCUGCUCACUCCCACGCAGGACUCGUGGAAGGGGGCGGUCCCUGGAACCUUCCCGACGACCCCUGCGGUCUCGGGGAGCGGUCGAGGCGGACGCAACUUCACACAGCAGAGCAUGGAGAUGGCCAGCGCGGUGGACUUCAAGAGACACAUCGAGGCUCUGCAUUACCUGCUGCAGCUCUGGCCUGUUCCAGCAGAACGACUGAUGGACCAAUCGCUGUACAGUCCAGAGGAAGAAGAAAUCCCCGCACUAGACUCCCAGAAUCCCCUGCACUGCCACGCUCGGCGUACGGCGUUACACAUGGACCUCCCGUUACAGCAGGACUCCGCGGUGGUCUCGCGCAGAGGCCGGGGGCGUCUGGAAAGCCCGCCGUGCAACCGUUACGCCGGAGACUGGAGCGUCUGCGGGAGGGACUUCCUGUCCAACGAGGACGCCGAUUACGACGAGGUGGCGGGAAGCGAGAGCGACGACGAGGAGGAACGGGUGAAGAAGAAGGACUGGGCGUACGCGGACGAUUUCGCGCUGGAUUUCGACGCCCCGUUUACGUGCAGACUGAGUCUGAAGGACUUCGAUAAUCUGAUCUCAGAUCUGGAGCGAGAACUCGCCAAACAGAUUAACAUCUGCCUCUGAUCUCGCCUUCACAGGAACAUCUGGAUCUGCACUGUAGUCGGUCUGAAAAUCUAGUGAUCUUUCAGAGGUGGCUUGACUGCUUCCGUUUCAGAGGAUCCACAGUGACAAAUCCAUACUGAGAUCCUCUCUUAUCCUCUAAAGACCCAAGCUUUGAUUUUUAUGCCACUAGAUGGCAGACAAAGGUGUCUACUAAUGAGGACAACGGGUCUACGUUAAGCAGAAUGAAGUAUAAGCCAUAACAAAGCCAAAAUGUAAUGUCUUCAUAUGUGACUGCAGGGUCUCAAGAGGUCAAGUCUCUUUUUCUGCCCACCAGAGUUGGGGUUCUGAAUGCAUCGCAUCGAAUCUCGACUCUACCUCUCCGACUGGGUUGGGCGGCAGCAUGAACAACGAUUGACUGUUGUUCAGGGUUAAAGGGUAGAGAGUCGGAUCAUAGGUCCUCAUAACUGGUACGACUGCGGCCCCUGCUGGCUGACUGAUGGCGCCUGCACAGGGCUGAGGAAUAAUGCUGAUGGGGGUGUGACCCUCCGUACACAGCGUCCAUUAGUGUAUGAACUCGACUCGUGCGGGUGAAAAAUGCAGUCUGUACUGAUUGCGUACCGGAGGAGGAGAGGCGUCCUCAGUCAUCGGUGAAGGGUCGAACCAGUAUAGAGGACGUAAUCAGGGUAAU